AUUUCUUUGAAAUAAAUAAUAAUUCCUAGUAGAGAUUAAAAAAACCGUAAAGUUCUUCACAAACCUAACAAAACGAAAGUUACUAUAACUAGUAACAAAAAAAAGGGUCGAAGGGUGUCAAGUUGACUUUUGCAUUUUCUGCUCAAUUUCCUCCAAGAUGUUGUCUUCUCGCCUUUUGGACAACAUUCACCGGUCAAUCCGCAGUUCGGUCCACUCACGCAACCUCGGGAUCCUUGCCCCCUGUCUCCAGAAAGCCUCCGACCCCAUUCAACAACUCUUCAUUGAAAAAAUCAAAGAGUACAAACAGAAAAGUGGAGGUGGCAACAAAUUGGUGGAGCCCUCGCCCGAGAUUGAACGCGAGCUGAAAUCCGAGUUGGAGAAGGUGGCUAAGGUUUAUGGGGGCGGUCCUGGAGUCGACAUGACCAAAUUCCCCACAUUCAAAUUCACCGAUCCUGUGAUUGACCCCAUCAACAUGGAGAAAUAAAUUCGUGUAAAUUAGUCGUUAUUAAUAAACAAUUACAAAAUUAAAAA